AUGGCGGGAGUCAAGAGCGCUCUGCCAACCCACCUCUCGCCGAACGCUGAGAACAAUGACUUCGAGCAGCGUCACCACGGCAAGACGCGCAGUCACAUGGCCUUCGAGAACACCUCGACCAACGUCGCUGCCGCCCAGAUGCGAAAUGCCCUGACCAACCUCGCCGAGACCGUCAAGGACCCCAAGGAGAAGAAGCUGUUCGAGACGGAAAUGGACAACUUCUUUGCCCUCUUCCGACGAUACCUCAACGACAAGGCCAAGGGAAAUGCGGUCGACUGGGACCGCAUUGCCCCUCCCGCCCAGGGCCAGGUCGUCGACUACGAGGAUCUGGCCAACAGCGAGUCUGUCCAGUUCCUGAACAAGCUUGCCGUCCUCAAGCUCAACGGUGGUCUGGGUACCUCCAUGGGCUGCGUCGGACCCAAGUCCGUCAUCGAGGUCCGUGACGGCAUGUCCUUCCUCGACCUGUCCGUCCGCCAGAUCGAGUACCUCAACCGCACCUACAACGUCAACGUGCCCUUCAUCCUGAUGAACUCGUUCAACACCAACGAUGACACCGCCGCCAUCAUCAAGAAGUAUGAGGGCCACAACGUGGACAUCCUCACCUUCAACCAGUCAAGAUACCCCCGAAUCUACAAGGACUCGCUGUUGCCCGUCCCCAAGUCCUUCGACUCGCCUAUCAACGAGUGGUACCCUCCUGGACACGGUGACGUCUUCGAGUCUCUCUACAACUCUGGCAUCCUCGACCAGCUGAUCGAGCGCGGCAUCGAGAUCGUCUUCCUGUCCAACGUCGACAACCUGGGCGCCGUUGUCGACCUGCGCAUCCUGCAGCACAUGGUCGAGACCAAGGCCGAGUACAUCAUGGAGCUGACCAACAAGACCAAGGCCGACGUCAAGGGUGGUACCAUCAUUGACUACGAGGGCUCCGUCCGUCUGCUCGAAAUCGCCCAGGUGCCCAAGGAGCACGUCAACGAGUUCAAGUCCAUCAAGAAGUUCAAGUACUUCAACACCAACAACAUCUGGCUCAACCUCGCCGCCAUCAAGCGCGUCGUGGAGAACAACGAGCUGGCCAUGGAGAUUAUCCCCAACGGCAAGACCAUCCCCGGCGACAAGAAGGGCGAGUCGGACAUUUCCAUCCUCCAGCUCGAGACGGCCGUCGGUGCCGCCAUCCGCCACUUCAACAACGCCCACGGCGUCAACGUCCCGCGUCGCCGCUUCUUGCCCGUCAAGACGUGCUCCGACCUAAUGCUCGUCAAGUCUGACCUGUACACGCUGAAGCACGGCCAGCUCCAGAUGAGCGCGGCUCGAUUCGGCGACGCCCCGCUGAUCAAGCUUGGCAGCGACUUCAAGAAGGUGUCCGACUUCCAGAAGCACAUCCCUUCAAUCCCCAAGGUGCUGGAGCUUGACCACCUCACCAUCACUGGUGCCGUCAACCUGGGCCGCGGCGUGACGCUCAAGGGUACCGUUAUCAUCGUCGCGACCGAGGGCAGCACCAUUGACAUUCCCCCGGGAUCCAUCCUCGAGAACGUCGUCGUCCAGGGCAGCUUGCGUCUGUUGGAGCACUAA